GUUUUUGCUGGCGGCCGCCGUUGAAGUUCCGGUCUUUUUUCCAUCUGCAAAGAGUAAAAAUCACUGUAAAGCAUGACAUUCAUUGCGGAAAAUUGUUUUCUGUGGCAAAAAUUGGCCGUUGAACUCAGGUUAUCCGACACGGUGGAAUCCGUCGUAAGAUUGCUGCGAGCAGACGUCAAAGUCUUGCUGAUCCGAUUUGGUCUACAUUCAACGCCGGAAAGCCGGAAGCUGUUGGCCACGGUCAACGAGGCCAUCGAACAGUUUGCUUCCGAGCUGUCCCCGUGGAAACCGGUCGUUGGCAUUGCGUGCGAACUGAGUGGAAUGAUUCCAAGGGUAAAGUUCUGUCGGGCGAUGGGUCCGAUUCAGCUAGCGCUGGGGAGGAGAAUCUUCCUUACGAGCAAUCACACGUACGAGGACAAGAAGGUUGAAAACGUGGUCUACGUAACGAGUUUGGAGAUGUACCUGGACGAGCUGAAGAGGGGCGACCUGGUGCGAAUUGGACAGGCCGAGCUGAAGGUUUGCAAGAUCAAGGGCAAGUUUGUGGAGUGCUGCGUGAGGAACGUGUUUGGAGAAGAGUUUCCAACGUUGGUGCACCCAUUUGAGCGCGUUCAGUUUGGAUAUCCGAACAGCAAAUGGAUUCCGGACAACCGAAUCACAGAGGAAUGUUAUUUAGCUCUACAGCACGGUUGUCGCUUCAUACUUGUUCCGGAUUUGGAAAAUCAUAGGAUAUUGCAUGAGGUGGAACGGGUCUUGAGAAACUACAGCCAGGAAAACGACGUAACGGUUCAUAUAUUGGCCACAAUGGCGCCUCAAGCGACUGAAAUCGCAUACCAGCAGAUCAUUCCUCAUCUAUCUGGCCUAAUAACAGACAAUGCCAAUCUGAUGAAGUUUUGCAGGACCAACUGUAAGACAAUAUUGUACGAAGUCCAUGAUAGCGAACAAUUUCCAGAUGAAGCAACUCUGCAACAAAUCGAUACGAUCAUAACGACCCCUGAACUCGUCGAAGAACUAAAAAGCAAACUCAAACAACACAAUCAAUCCCUCAUACAGCAAAUGAAUCCCACAAUCUCUCGCAAGAAAACAGUUCUGAACAAGUGCAUCGAGUACGCCAGCAAAAACUGUAAAGCCAACGCCAUCAUCCUGUGCACGACGGAGAACGUGUGUGCCGCCGAACGGCUGUCGCGCAAGGAACUUCCCUGUCCGGUGCUGGUCACGACCAGCGACGAUGAAGCCAUCCAACAUCUCCUGCUGCGCAAGUACUGCUUCCCGAUACUGGUGCCGGAAGGCGUUAAAUCAACGCGGCUGCUCAUCAAAUACGCGACCGUGUACGGGCGAAAGUUUGGCUUCCUCAAGGUCGGAAAUCUUACGGUUACGGGCUUUGGCGACAGCGGAAUUCAAGGGCUGGAGCUGCGCUACGUUCCGGAUGAUUUCAUCAUGCUAUUUCAAUAAACUCCGUUGACUAACCUG